CGCAAUCAUUCAUCAACGCAGGAAUCAUGGAGGACACCGACUAUGUCAAACAAUUAAAUGAACCCGCACGCCGCAGAUAUCGUGAAAAAAUCACAGCACACAUCGGAUACGAUCCGUAUCAGCUGAAAAAGAGCGACUUUUCUCGUGAUUUAUCAGAUUUGCCCGCUGUUGAGGCGAUGGAUAUCACCAGCUACCUCGUCCUUCAUACCUCCUACUACACGGCUAGCCAAAUGAAAGCGUAUAAAAGCAUGGAAGCUUUCAACUACUUUGUGUGUGGAUGGGUGAAUGACCUCGGCACCAAAACGGCAUUAAACAAAUGUCGCCUUGUUUUUGCCCGGGUCAACCAUUCCCAGAGGUCUGGAGAAACACCAUUAAAAACGUGGAUUGUAGCUAAAGAAGAUGGAGAGGUUGUUACAGCACACUGUAACUGUAUGGCUGGUUUGUCAGAAUCCUGCUCACAUGUCGGAGCAGUUCUGUUUGCAAUCAAAGCAGGUGUGAAGAUGAGAGAGACUGCAUCCUGCACCACUGAGAAGUGCAAGUGGCUAAUGCCAUCACAUGUCAAAAAGGUAUUCAGACCCCAGUGGUCAGUCAGCUGUUCAUGCCGUCCUUGCCUGUCUCAUUGUUACACUGCACCUACAUGUAUGUUCACAUACAUGUUGGUCUGUCUCUCACAUGUGCAGAUUCCUGCUGCUCCAGUUGCGAUGAUAGACUUUUCAUCCGCAAAAUCCAAAAAGCAAAACCUGGAUGAUGCCAUUGCUGGAAGGACAGGUAUGGAUGCAAAUACGAGGCAACUGCCCGAAAGCAGUAUGAAGGAGUACAAAGUCUGCACCACCAGGGUUUCAGCUGUAAAGACAGCGGGCUUUGGCUGAACCCUCAAUGGCCAUACAUGGGAGCGUCGCCAGACGGAAGUGUCACGUGCACCUGCCAUGGAACUGGUAUCUGUGAGAUAAAGUGCCCACACAGCAAACAAGAGGAGGCCAAUCUUCGCCUGUGUGCUGGAGAACAGGGCUUCUGUCUCGUCAACGAUGGGGGCACUGUGAAGCUGGACAGGAGACAUGCCUACUACCAUCAAGUACAGGCUCAGCUCCACGUCGUUGACGUUGACUACUGCGACUUUGUUGUCUGGACUAAAAAUGACCUCUUUGUAGAGAGAAUUGUGCGUGAUGUGGACCUGUGGGACAACAUCAUUCCCAGAGUUGAGAGUUUCUUCAGACUAUGUGUUCUCUCUGAAGUGUUGGGACAGCAACUUACAAGGGGAAAGCCUCCUCUCCCUGUUCCAUUUUUCAGUUUCAGUUGCAAGAUGAUCAGGAGGGAGAGAAGGCGUGAUUACCAGCACCUGUGGUCUGUCCUGGUCCCGGAAGUUGUGGUUCUCUCCUUGUUGCAUUAUUAUUUGCACAGUGGCAGCUCUUUAACCUGCAUUACAGCACCUUCAUAUUUACUGACCACACUCACUAGAGGAAGUAGGGCUGUGUGAUAUAUUGCUAUUGUAAAAAAUAUGUUUACUGAAAAGAUUAAAUGAUACUAAGAAGACUGAAUAAUA